AUGUCCAUUGCCACUAUUACCCCCAAAACGGGAGAAGUGUCCCAACAUGGUCUCGAGUGGGUCGAAGAAACAUUCGGCCUUGAGCCGCGAUGGGCCGUUGAACCUCAAAUCGAACAUAUCAAGCAGACAGUACAGUCAUUCCGGCCAUCCAGCACGAUCGAGGUGACCUUCCUCGCGCAGGGCGCAUUCAACAAGCUUUACGACGUUAAGAUAGACGACGAGACAUUCAUCAUCCGAAUCUCCUUACCUGUAGACCCGUCCCACAAAGUCGCCAGUGAAGUGGCAACGAUAGAUUGGAUACGCCUCACCACUAGCCUUCCAGUCCCUAGAGUCAUAACCUAUCAAUCAUCACCAGACAACCUAAUUGAAUUUGAAUGGAUUCUUAUGACAAAAGUGCCUGGAAAGCUUUUGGCUGAUGUCUGGAAAUCUCUUUCUAUUCAUUUCGAUGUGAAAGCCCGCCUAGUCAAGGAGUUAGCAGCAAACAUGGCCUGCCUUUUCCGAAACCAGCUACAAGGAAUUGGAAAUAUCCACAGAAAAUCAUCUGCACUUGAACAAUCGCAAUCGGCCGAACAAACAAGCCCUACUGAAAGUCUCGAUCCAGCAAAAACAGCUAGGUUAGCUGAGAGUGCCUCGUCCUUGGAUCCCGUCUCCAAUGAUUCUAGCGGCAGCUCUUAUGAUGUGGGUCGAAUUGUCUCUAUGCAGUUCUUCUGGGGCUCCCAUAUCCACCAGAAUGUUUUCCGAGGCCCAUUUCAAUCAAGUCAAGAUUGGCUACUAGCUCGUCUCGCCCUAAACGAAAAUGACUGUCAGUCAAUUCUGGAGCGAAAUUCAGCCAAAGAUACCGAAGACCUUGAUAGCGAUGAUGAAAACGAAGUGGAAGAUGCUAGAAGCGCGCUCAAAAGAAUCGAAAGGCUCAAAUCAAUUCUUCCUCUGUUUUUUCCAACGACUAGUGAUUCGGGAUUCUCGGAACCAUCAGUCAUGGAACCGUCGGUCCUAUCACAUGAUGACCUUUCGAGACACAAUAUCCUCGUCGAUGAAAGCGGAAAUUUGACUGCAGUUAUAGACUGGGAGUGUGUUUCAGCAUUACCUUUGUGGAAGAGCUGUGAUUAUCCUCAAUUUCUAAAAGGGCGCCCCCGUCGAUCAGAGCCUGAUCGCAGCCGUUAUUACAGUGGUGGCCCUGAUGAUCACACUAAUGGCGACCCCCCUCGUCUCUAUUUAGAAGAUCUUUGGGAGUAUCAAGCCACGCUAUUACGAGAUGUCUUCAUUGAAGAGAUGAAACUUCUGGAUGCAGAAUGGGUGACAGUCUUCAACGAGAGCGUCGGCAAACGAGACUUCGAGUUCGUGGUUCACAAUUGCGAUGAUGAGUGGAAAACGGGUCACAUCGAUUCAUGGCUGGAUGACAUUGCCCAUGGUGGCCUUGAGGGUUUGCUCGGUCUGCAGGAUAGAAUUGAACAAGAGCAACUUCGACUCCUUAACCUUUGGGAGCGAAGAGUGAGUCUCGACUGGCUUUCAGAAAUCCCCCGUCAAUUUUUUGAUGAAAGCAAAACAUUGGAACCUCCCAAUUUAAGUUUGUUUAGACAGAAACCUUGUUGUUGUUGUUGA